CGUGCGCCUAAUGACGGUAUAAAAGGUGGCAUUUCCGCUUUCUCUCUCGCUCUUUCCGUUUUGAAUUACAAUGGCGGAAGAAUUAUCAACAGCGAUUCCGCAAUCGCAAGCAAGCUCCACGAAGAAACGCGCUUCAAAGAACGAAAAGCUGUGCCUCGAGGACUACCUUCACCUCGUUCACUCUCGCCAAACGCUUCAGCUCACCAUGAAUCAACUCAAUCAGGUCAUCCGCAUUCACGGCUUCAAGAAAAUCCACCACGCUCCUAAGAAAGUGCUGGUGCAAGCGGUGGAGUCGCUGGAUCUGGUGGAUCUGCCGCGGUCAACGGUGAGCGAGAGCGUGUCGGCGUUCGCGGCGGUGGCGCUGGAGGACGUGGUUGCAGAUCUCGGCGAGCUCAGCUGGCAGGAGUGCUGCGUGACCUCCGUCGAGAAGAUCAGCUUCUCCGACGGCCAGAGCGUGUUCCCUGCUGCUUGCUCCGAUCAGAGCCUCCGCGUCGUGAACCACUCGCUGUCACAGGCUCAGAAAGAGAACAGGAUCGACGAAACCCGUAACCCAAUCCCUGAAGCUUCUAGUAAAGACCUGAAACCAACGAAAAUGGUGCUGAAGCGGAAGAGGAGCAACCUUCGCGACUCUGUUGCCUCGACUUUGGAUUCCGCUUCUCUCGCUUCGUGCUGAAUGAAUGAACGACCUUCGGUUACUUCUCUCUCUCUUGAUCUCUCUCCUCUCCUCUCUGGUCUUUUAUUUCCCAUCUUCCACAUUUUAUAGCAACAUACUAACUUGUAAGGAUAUUGAAAUUUGAAAGUAAAAAAUAACAUGCAAGUAUAGGCUAAGAAUUAUUGCAGUGUCUUCAUAUGAAGUUGCAUAAAGUGUAGUUUCUUUUUCUCCUAGUGGGAACUAUGGCCAAUCAAUAGGAAACAAUAACAAUGUAAACCUGUAUCUAGCUAAUGCAAAUGAGUAAUCAGCAGUUCUAUGUUUCAUUCUCAAAAACGUGCAUUUGCAUCAAAUCCCAUGGUGCCACCAAGAAUCGGCCUCAGUAAAAAUGUAAUGAAUGGAUAAAUUAAAGUAGUCAAAUAGAAAUGAGAAAGAUUUCUAAA